AUGGCUCAAGCUCCCGCCGCGAUCCCUUUCUUCUGGCCACAUCCCCAAUCCAACAACCCCCAGAACAUGCCACAUAAUAACGGUGGUGGCUCUCACCAAACCAAUGCCCAGGUGCCACGAUUCCCAGCCAAGAUCAGUCAACUUCCAGCCAGAAAUUUCAAUCAAAUUCCAGCUGAAAACCUUCUGAUUCCAGCCAGUUUUGCCAGUCUAGAUCUUAGUCAAAUUCCAGCAAAUCACAUCAGACAAUUUCUUGCGGAUCAUGGCCUGCUUCCUCUGCUCAGUCCAAAUUCCUCCACUCCGCAACCACUUCAACCAUUUACUUCCCCCGACAAUCCCAAUUAUUUGCUAGUUCAAAAUCCCACCACCCACCUUGUUCCACACCCAACCAGCUUCGACUUUGACAGCCCUUCGAAUAACUCAGAAGGGAGUAAUGGUGAUGCCUUUUCCAAAUUCCGUUCUGACCAGAGUAGCCGGAUCUUAGGAUCCGGUUCAGAUUCCGGAACUAGCCCUUGA